GUUGCUGAAACUUGGGUCAUGGGACGGGUCGGGUCAGCACCACCCGAGGUGCCCAGGGUUUGCUGCUACUGCGGUCGAGACGGUGUCAUUGCCAUUGCCUUCAUUUGGAUGGUGAGAAAAUUGCUGGAAUUAUACUUCACUGUGUAUCAUCCAGUGGGAACAUUUUGCAUUGUGGUGAUCAGUGCUGCAUCUUAUUGGCUCCACCUGGUGCACACCAAAAAUGAGCAGAAAACGCUGCUCAUUGCUCAACAAGCCCGGGAUUUCUACUCCAUCACAAAAGGAGUUUGGAACGCUGGUCUCAUUUCCGCAAUCACGUCCUCAUUCAUAAAUCUGAUCGUCUCCGUGCUGUUGGCCUAUGGUGCUUAUUUUGACAAGAACAAGUUACUGAUGCCCUGGAUGGUCAAGAACAUGUUGCUUCUGGUGGUUGGCGCAGGGUUCGGGUUCUACAAUAUUUAUUGGGUUGCCAGCUCUGCCAAUACUGAGGAUGAGUCCUCGUUCUGGGGCAGUCUUUGCGGACUUUAUUGGGUGAUUCUCGUAUCGGGUCGUUCCCGACGUCCUCUUCUUGCGCCGCCAAAGCAGUCCGCUAUCACCGGAGUUGAAAUUUCGGAAACUUUUAUGGAAGCCGAAAGGGCAUUUCUGUUGGAGACGGACGAUUUCCUUCUGCAAACGGUUCCACCUUUGCGUGAUCACGAUGUGAUUCUGUUCACGGACAACUGCCGAAUUUCACUCAAAACUGGCAAGUCAAAACCGGCGGAAGUUGAUGAUCAUGCUACGCCGAGAAGAUCUGUUGGUGCUAGCAUGAUUUAA